AUGUGUGGAGAACAGGUCGGAAGCACGGUGCCUCCCAAGUCCCUCCAUACCUACGCUAUGAAGCUUUGGCGAGAGUGGGAUGAGGAUCAGUCUAAUUUCAUCGACUUCGCUGAGUUCAUCCACCACAUGAAGAUCUUCGACAUGCAUCUGUUGAAGAGUGCUCUGCGUGAGGAGUCGAAAGCAGCCGACACGUUUGAGACUUAUAAGAACCCCAACAGUGGAAAGCUGGAUGAAGACGGAUUGUUCGAGAUUAUGGUGGCCAACAACUUCCUCGUUACCACUACCACCGAUGCUGAGAACAUACUCGCUCAAGUAGGAGACGGCAAAUCUCUAUCGAAAGAAGAAUUCCUUCGAUGGAUCAAUGAAGAUUGA